AUGUCUCGUGUAGCAAGCAUGUCUCGUGACUCACUCAACAUUGAUGUCUACCAUAAAGGUGUGUUUUCUCCUAAUCCCUUGGUUUACUUUCAUCUUGAUAAAGUACCUGUUAUGGGGCUAGAUUUACGUAACAUGGAUUUCAAGAAGUUCAAGACCUAUCUCCAAAAAUUGAUCAACAAUAGAUGUUGGGAUAUGUAUUAUUGUCUUAAAAAUCGGUCCCUCGUAGAUGGGUUAAGGGAGCUCAGGGAUGAAGAUGAUUAUGUUAGGUUCCUUGAUGCUGGGUUUGAUGAUGAUGACAAUCAAAUAAGUAUCUACAUUGAUGACCAUCAUGAACCCUUACUAGAUUGGAUUGAAGAAGAAAAAGAUGAAGAAUGGGAUAGUGGUACUGAAACAUAUGAAGAUGAUGUGGACUCGGUAUUAUCGGAUGAUCUAUCAGUGGACCAUGAAGCUGAUGAUGAGGACAUUCAAUGGCCUGAAGUUGUUGAUCCUUUUUUGUCACAGAAGAAUCUUAUUCCACAAAGAGGCAUAGAGGAAGAAGCUAGUGGUAAGGUAAAAAAACAUCCUAUUCACGAUCCAAACCAAAAAUGGGACACUAUGAUGCCUGAGUUAGGUAUGAAAUUCUCUGAUCGAGAUGAACUGAAACAUAUGUUAACAAAUUAUGCUGUGUCUAAGGGUUAUUCAUUGUGGUAUGAAAAAAAUGAGACAACAGCAUUGCUAGUAAGGUGCAGUAAAAAUGAAAAAGGGAAGCCAUCUUGCCCUUUUAGACUAUGGGCUAGUCCCAUGAACAAGGAAAAUUCAUUCCAGAUCAAGUCACUAAUUGAUAAACAUAAUUGUGCUAGACAACAAAAAAUUGGGUUGUCUUGUUACGUAUAA